UAAAACAUAAACAUCUGUCUCUACCUUUAAAAAAACAAACCAACAAUGAAACGUGUGAAAUGUUUAAAAAGAGCUCACGGCGGAGUUUAUUAGAGGUACGAGGCUGUCUGCUCGCGGUCACAAACACAGCGCACAGCCAGCAGAGGGGCGGGGCCGCACGCGGACUGUUUGUCGUGAGGAAAUGUUGAGGAGAUCCCCAUGGCAACCGGGCAGCCGUAGGAGCUCCGCUACCGUAUUUAAAGCAGCUUCAAUGGAGCGGCGCCAGUCUCAGCCGUCCGAAGUCAAGAUGGCCAAUCACGCCAAGCUCUCUCUGACUGUUUCUGCCACUUUGCAUUUCUCUCUGCUGAUCCUCUACGAGCUCCGCGCCGAGAUGGUGGACGCCUGCGAGCACCAGAACCUGACCACCAGCGAACAGGCUGCCCAGCAAAUGCACGAGCUCCGCCCGGCCGCCUCCAGGUGUCUCAGCGCCGAGAAGGUGGAGGCCCGCGAGCGAAAGUUUGACGUGAACCUGAAGAAGCUCGACCUUCAGCGAGACGCCCGCGAGCACCAGGAGCUCACCACCUGCGAACAGGCUGCCCAGCAAAUGCACGAACUCAACGGCCGCGCGCUGUCUCCGUGGCGUUACUACAUAGACCGAAACGACAGCAGGUAUCCACGUGACAUCAUCUUUGCCGAGUGCCUUUGUAAGGGAUGCAUCAUCGACGGGCGCGAGGUGAACAGCUACAACUCUGUGGAGGUUCGGGCUCCGAUGGUGGUCCUGAUGAAGACCACGUGUAAGGACGCAGACACAUAUCGAGUCAGGAAGACGCGUAUCGAAGUCCCGUUGGGCUGCACUUGUGUAAGGCCCAAAAUUACUAAGUGAUCUGAGAAACUAAGCUUUACUCACACUGAAGGCCAUUUAUAGCUGUGCAGCACCUUCACUUACACUAUACGAAUAUUUAUCACAGCUUUCUGCCUGCAUGUGAAAAUGUUUUCUGUAAGUAGUAGUAGAAGAUUUUC